GAGAAAAUGUGCUGCCGAAUUACUGCACACCCCUACGUGAUAUGGCAGUAUCGGCGAACAUACAUACCAAUCUGGCCUUGAUUGAGCUCCAAGCAAGAUAAGAGGUCUGCUAUUAUACCACGUUACACUCAAGCAAGAUGCGAAGAGGUGUGCGCUCUGCGACAGGAUGUCACGAGUGUAGGGCCAGACAUGUCAAGUGCGACGAGUCUAAACCUGCAUGUUCGAGAUGCAGCAAACGCAAAUCUUCAUGUACUUACGGCAAAAAGCUAGAAUGGCGUCACAAUACUAUUGCCAAACCCAGGACAACCACUAAAGAGGGAACUAGACGUCAGUCAAGUGAUCACGUCGCCGAGAAGUUGGUCGAUGCGAUGGGUCCAGAUUUGACGAUGGGCGGCCCAGUCUACGAGUCCUCGGGACUGCCACAAUUCAUGAACACAUCGGCAGUGCUUGAUGAGCUUGCUGAAUGGGACGAACAGUUUGCAUCAAUGUCCGCGAUCGAGUACAUGCCUGGCUUUGAUCAGUCAUUGGACUGGCCAACGUCCACUCCUUGGGCGACCGACCUUACCGAGCCCAUAUCCAUGGUCUCUGCGCCUCUUGACUGCGAACCGUCACCAAUGAGCUUCGACUUGAGUGUCGAUCGAAGCACUGCUCUGAUGAAUUUCUACUUCGAGAGGGUUGCCCCCGUGUUCUCCUGCUACGAUGGUGGUAAGAACCCCUUUCAUCAUCUCAUUGCACAAGUUUGGCGUAAUAGCACCCGGAGUCCCGCGGAGCACAACGUCCUAAUUGGUGCUAUCCAAGGUCUUUCAGCCGUUUUUCUGGCUAAGGAAGUUCCAUCGCUUCGAGAUGAGGCUCUGAAUCUGCAGAGGCAGACUCAGCAACAGCUUGAAGAAGUGCCUGAGGAACGAAGACAUGAUUCGAAGUACCUCUUUGCGCUUGUCUUGCUCGGUAUCAGCUGGAUGUAUAGUCAGAAUGUGCCAUCAUCAUUUCAGGCAUUGAAACGACUGCGUGAUAUCUUGCAGCUUGAGGCUACCAAAAGCACAACCGAGGCCCCGAAACUCCGCGAUCGUGAGCUUCGCUUCUUCUGGGGCCUACAGAUACAUUGUGAGGUAUUCUUCGCCUGUACAGAUGAAGUCUAUUGUCUCCCUUCCAUCCCAAUGCAAAUUCGAAUCGCUCAAGACGACCACACAACAAGCAUUUAUCCUCACCCUUUUACUGGUGUGGCGAACUCCAUCAGCACAGCACUCCUUGAGGUGAUACAACUUGUCAAAAGGCAACGGAGAUUGUCUAGGAGCCAUGCCUUUGCCUCUCGCAGGUAUCUGGACGAUCUUCAAGACCUGAUGGAUGAAGCCGUAGCUCUUGAGCAGCGCGUGUUCACGCAAUCCAUACCUGGUGUAGAGAAUAUCGAGGAUCCCGGAGAUCCUGCUACACCAAUUGAGCAUCUCGUCAAGAUGGCAAGAUGUCAUCAUGAGACGGCGUUGCUUCAGCUAUAUCGUGUCUUCCCUGACCUACUCAGCCAACGCUUGGGUCUAGACGAGGACAAUGUAGGUCAGGACUACACACAGACCAUGAAGGCUGCGAUAGAAAAGCAUUGCUUAAACAUGGCAAUGCAUAUUCUAGACACGCUGUCAUCCAUACCUGACACGUCCAGCACGACACCCUUCCAAACGAUAUUGUUGCUGUCCACUUCUAGUGAGCUCAGAUUCAUUCCUGACACGCAACUGGAUAUCGAGGAAGCUCAGCUCAAGGAAACGCCAUUCGGAAGAGAAGCCGUGUCAUCCACCUUCCCAUCUAGCAUAGGCUUGGCUGAGCUCGAGAAGAAUAUCCAGAUCAUGGAUGCACGCGACUUUGUGGUCAAGCGGCUGAGUACUUCACAGCAGUCUAUUCCAGGCGACAGAUUGCCCAAAUUGCUUGGUAUAGUGAGAAAGAUCUGGUCUUUACUCGACAACAGCGGAAGAUUUGAGGCAGCCUAUUGGUUUGACGUUGUCAUGCAAUAGUAACGAGUAUAGGUUACGGGCAUUCGAAACAAGGCAACUGUAGCCGCUUCGCAGCGGGAUGGCCCGCGCCCCACUUCAAGGACAGCU